AUGGGCGUCACAAGUCUCCCUCAGCUGCCCGUUCCCCUUGAUGGGCUGGCCGACUACAUUGCAAAGCAUCCCGAGACUGCAAUGCCCCAGUUGAUGGAACCUUACCGCAAGUUUGAAGCCCAACUACGCGAGGUCUACGCUCAGGAACGCACCCACCCAGCCCUAGAUGAUCCAUACCUCAAUGCCCUACCACUGUUCACUAAGAAUACGCCAAAGAUCCAGGCACGCGCCCGCAACCCGGAGGCCGAAUCCCAAGAGGAGAGAGACAAGUAUGUCAUGCCUCUGCCCGAUGACAAACGCCGGCCGAGUGGCUCGCCUGCUGUCGUCGAGUCCCUCAAGGAGUUUCGCCACAAUUUCAGCGUCUUCUCCGAAUCCUCCAUGGCAGACAUGGACUGGGACAAUGUCAUCGCUGCCGGGUCAUCUGUUGUCAACUGUCUGCUUCCUGUCCCCCCUGUAUACAAGAAGUCCAAGAGAGCCUUGCGUCAGUACUACCACGAGAAGUUCUGUCCGGCCUCUGAUGUCGAUCUCUUCCUGUACGGUCUCGAUGAAGAUCAGGCUAUUGAGAAGAUCAAAGAUAUCGAGUCCCGCAUUCGCGAUGCGAUCCUCUCAGAAGUCACUGUCGUCCGGACCAAGAACGCCAUCACCAUCUGCAGCCAGUACCCCACUCGCCACGUACAGAUUGUUCUCCGCGUCUACAAGUCGGUCUCGGAAAUCCUUACUGGAUUCGAUAUUGACUGCUCUACUGCCGCCUAUGAUGGGAAGCAGGUAUACUGCACUCCGAGAGCCCUGGCCUCGUACAUCACACAGAUCAACCCGAUUGAUCUGAGCCGGAGAAGCCCAUCUUACGAGAACCGACUAUCAAAAUACUCCCACCGAAAUUUUGAGGUCUACUGGCCAGAGCUGGAUCGCUCUCGUAUCGACCCUACCAUCUACGAGCGUAGUUUCCAGAGGACCCUAGGUCUUGCUCGCCUUCUUGUCCUUGAGCGACUGCCGACCACAACCGCACGGGAGCAAUAUCUAAAGAAGCGCCGAGAAGAGCGAGGGCGCCCAGCGCUCCAGGUUCGCUACCAGCAUCGUCUCUUUGGAAACAUCAAACAUGUCCACGAAGACGAGGUUGCUGAUUGGGUUGAUGAGGACGAGGUGUCCAACUAUCAUACCUUCACGAUCCCCUAUGGUGUCAAGUUUCACGCCAAAAAGAUCGAGAAACUCUGCUACACCAAGGACUUGCUGUUGAAUGCAGAAUGGAAUCAGCCUGAGGAAAGGGAGGUCUAUCUUCACAGGCACCCUGCUUUCUUUGGUGACUGCUGUGGCACUUGCCCAAAACCGGUGUCCACCGAGGAAAUUGAGGUCGCGGAAAAGGAGAGUGAGAUUUACGUCUCGGGCAAGGUUUCGUUCCGCAUUGAUGACCCAGGCAGACAGCAAAUUGGCUCCUUCAAUCCUCUUACCGAAGAUGAUUGGACGGAAAUGGCCUAUGUUGGCAACACCGCUCGCCUUUGCCAGGCCAUUGUUGACGGUGACCUCGAGCAUGUUGAGGAUUGGCUCUCUCAAGAGGGAGCCGAUCCUAACAAAAGAGACUAUACCGGAAGGACUCCCUUGCAUCUUGCUGUCACAAGCUCCACUCCAGCUGUCGUCAAAUGUCUGGUGGAGCGGGGCGCACGCUUGGUUGCUCGCAUCGCUGAUGGCCGCACGGCACUGCAUCUUGCUGCGGGGUGUGGCAAUGCUGCUAUGGUCAAGAUACUUCUCGAAAAAAGCAGCGCUAACGAGGAAGAGGAAGAACAGAAGCAGGCUCAGCGCCGGAAGACUGAAGAAGACACACCCCAAGACAGUCAAGACGGGCAGCGCCAUGAAGAAGCCAAUGCUGGGGUGUCCGACCACGACACUGACGAAGAUGACGAGGGCAGCGAAUCCGAUGGGGAGCUGAUCGAAAAUUCGAGUGCUGACGAUGACGGGCAUUCGAUGGCCACGGGGUUAUUCGUCAAAGUUCGCGCACACGACACAAGCUCGAAGAAGGACGAGGCCAUCCCGCUCGACGAUGACCAGAAUAGUCCAGACUAUUACAAGAUCGACACCGUUGCAUGGGACUCGAAAUGCUCUGCAUUACACUUGGCCAUUCUCGGAGGCCACUGUGGUGUCGUCAAUAUCCUCUGUCAAGAGUUUGGGGCUGAUGUGUUGAUUCCUGUCAAGAUCGGUGACGAUUCCAGUCCCCGUGCCGCUAUUCUCACACUAGUACUGGCCAUCGCUCUGCCAGUCGAGAAGGCAGUUCAAAUGAGUGAGACGCUGCUCAGCUUGGGUGCAACUUCGUCGCAAGCCGACGUCAAUGGUGUGACUGGGUUACAUCGCUAUGUUCAGAACGGCAUACCGAAACUCGUCGAGACUCUGUGGGCACACGACAAGCUGGGACUGAAGACUGCCAUUAAUCACGUGGCCGUCACAGGCUACGCGUGGAGAUCGAGCGCUACAAGUCCUCUGAUGACGGCGAUAGACGAGUCCAAUCCGAUUUUCGUGCUCAAACUGCUCGAGGCGGGGGCGAAUCCAGUCAUCGAUUUCGACACUUGGCUUAAAGGCGCAAAGUUCUCCUAUGAGAAUCAACUUGGUAAUUAUGAAAGGAACCAGGAGCGCUUUAUGGAUGGGACAGAGCAGCCGCUUCUGGUAGCGAUCCAGUCUCCGCACCCAGCCAUUGCAAUCGAACUGUUGAAGAAGGGGGCCGACCCCAACACCCUCACCAAAGCGAGCCACAACAUCAUUCGGAACGCUUAUGCUCGCCGAAAUCAGCAGGGACAGACUGCUUUGGAUCUCGUCCGAGAACUGCUCAUGCAGUUACGCAAGUACGAGGGUGAACCAGAUGAGCCUACCCAACAGUCGGGAGCCAGGCGACAUGAACUCGGAGCACGAUUUAUGUUGACGUCCAAGCGGUUCUCCAAUGAGCGUCCAGACGAACCUCAGGGUACUAACGAUUUCCUCGCGAAUUUCACUGAAGGUACAUAUCAGCACUGGCUCGUCUCUACGGACAUUGAUGAGCGAAUGGAUUCCUACAAGCAUCACAUGAAAGAGUUGAAGAAGCAAGAAGAGAAGAAUAAGGGUCUCAGAGGACUGGCUGAGAAGAAGGAAGCUAUCGCAGACGUGGUUUCGGAACUUGAGAAGGUCGAGAAAGCCCUCGAGACCAAAGGAGCAAAGACUUUCAAGGAGCUGCACCCAGAGGUUGAGGAUCCCGGGCCCCUCCGGACCCCAGCCCGAGCGGACGCUGUCCAAGAACCAUACAAGCUCGACUUCAUAUUCUACAACAGCACCGAUGUCACCGAGUCACGAAAGGUGGCAUACCUCCAGCUCUUCGAAGCUGCAUGGUCUGGUAAUCUGGACAAGAUCAAGUCACUUUCCCUUGCGCCAUGGGUCACAGAACAGCAGGAGCCGCCCUUGCAAAUAGCAGUCUACGACGCCAAAGGAAACAACCCCUUCUCUCUGGCAUUCCUGAAGGGACAUUUGAAGGUCGCUAAGGCUAUCCUAGAGAUUGCCCAGGCCCAAUGGGCGCCCAAAGAAGAGAAGAAAGCGCGCUUCACGAUGGUUAGCAACGAAGAGGACGAUGAUGACACACAUGCAGAGCCGGAUGCAGGAACCGACGAUGAGCCACAAAUCUACAAGGAGGUCAUCGAUGAUCGUUUCACCAUCGACAAUAUCGGCCAGGUCUCAAUGCAGGUCAAGAGCAACACAUUACCAAUCACCAUGCUCAGCUGGACAGCACCAGCGUUUGUCUCGCACGAAGGAGAAGUCGUCAAGACAAUGGGAAGACAAGACCUAUUUGCCUUCUCGGUCACCCAGGGCGACACGCAACGGUUCAACUACUUGGUUGACUUGGGUAUUCAAUUCACCAGUCAGAAGCCUCAAGAAGAAGACGGCUCGGAUAGGUUCUUCGUAUUUCCCGAUGUCGACUUCAACAAGGCCAUCCAACCGGGACGAACCCAUAUGCUAGCGGAGGUCAUUCGAAAGACCGGUGCCGGUAUACCGCUUGAGCAUCUCGUGAAGAAGAGCGGAGUGGAAUUGAAGGUCAAACCUCGAUGCUACCAGGGGCUGACCGUCUAUGGCAAGAAGAGGGCAGACUGGGCCAACGCUAGUCGUAACUUGAUGCUCAAGCCCACUGGAAGCAACAUUCCUCCAUUUCUGACUGCUGCGGUCGAAGGAUCCCUCGAGUCUGUUGAAUGGUUCAUCAGCGAUGCACCGAUGAGACACUAUCUGGAGUUUGGCAAGUCCAAGAUCGCCAAAGAAGAUCCCCGCCUGAGACACCUGAACGAAGCGCCUGGAGGAUUCGACCGAGCCAUCAUGAAGUGGCUAGGAGUGCAAAACGAUCUCGUCAUCCAUUGCGCCGUGUUGGGCCCACUCGGGGACAAUACCAACAAACUCAUCGAGUACCUGAUCAAGGUUUGCCCAUCGUCCUUCGAGGCAAAAUCAGAGCAAGGAUAUACGCCCCUGUACCUGGCCGCUCUUCUCGGGGAGGUUCAGUUCGCUAAGACGUUGAUCAAUGCCGGUGCGGAUCAAUCAGUGAAAGACAAAGAGAACAACAACAUCAUCCAUGCCGCUUUGACGAACAACCCCAAUAUCAAACAGCUCCGUCGGAUGCUGGGAAUCCUUGACCCUGAGCUGCGGCCUCACCUGUUUCGCCAGCGGAAUCACCUCACCCACGGUGGUGACACGCCCCUCCACUUCUGGCUCAACAAAGCUAAUGUGCUUGAGUACACCUGGGACAAUACAGGGGACUUUGACAGAAGUCGGCGCAUACUGAGAAGCGAGAACGCUGAUAACGUCAAACUCUUAACUCUUCUCCUCGAGUUCUCCAAGGGAGCCGAGCUCGACAGUCUCAACGGUCGCGGCGAUACGGUGCUGCACAGUGCUGUACUUCGUCAUCUCCCCGAUCAUUCCCGUGUACUCCUCCAACAGGAUCCCAACCUUCUGUAUCGGGAAAACACGGUGGGCCGCAUACCCGGUGAGAUCGCCUACGACAUCUACAUCAACUCGAAGGUGGAGGGACUAGAACCAAUCGAAAUCAGCAGACAAGUCAGCCAUGCAACCAGUCUGGUCGAAAGGAGCCCAGAAAUGUUCGUCCAGGACGAACACGCGGAGACGUCGGGCGCGAAACGAAAGGAGCGGACAUGGGAGGUCGUCUAUGAAUACCUGGCCAAGGUUGAUGGGAAACGUCGGCUCGUCAGCCUUAACGAAGCAAACGACGUGGCCAAGCGACUAGGAGAGAACUACUCCUCGCAGCGCUACUUCCAGAGAUCCACGGCUGCCGAUGAGGAGCCCGAGGAAGAACAGGACAAGCCGGAGAAGGAGAGCGACUUCGUCGCGAUCAGAUACAGCCAGACGAGGUUUCAGGCCUGGGCCGUUGAGGAGGGUGAGGAAGACGACGAGGAGUUGGCUUCGCGCGAAUGUCCGCGGCUGGAUGCAGAAGCUUUCUUCCGUUUCAAGACCAUACUGCGAAUCCUCGCCCGCGUACUCGCCCUCAUACAACUUCUGCUCCUGGACAUCUUGGAUCGUGGGCUUAAGCCACUCCUUCCUGACAUCGCGCAGGCCCUCCAGACAUCGAAUAACAGCCUGCUGGUAAAAUUCACCGACCUCGGCAGCCAUUUCUACCCUCGCGUCCGACAUGAUCUUGGCGGCUACGGCAGCGACAACUCAACAUUGACCUUCGAAGCCCAGGCCUCACGCCCCUCCACUCUGCGAUACUGUAUAAGAAAAAGGCCAUAUUUGGCUAUUUGGUCCAACAUUGACAGAUCCAAGCAAACCGAGUCGAAUUACCUGGGCAUCGAAUAUAGGGACAGACCUGUCGUCUCCGUCACAGGCCUCACCGCCGUGGGAAUCCUCCUGCACUAUUUGGACCUGUUAAUCCCCAAGGACCUGCUGCAGCUUCUCAAACUGCUGUGCAGCGGCAGCAGCAGAUUGCCGCACUUCUACACCGUACCGGAUACCAAGCAGACAGUCCUACACUUGCUCGCCUACCACCCUUUCCUGCCAGAGACGGGAAUCCUCGAGUACGUGCUAGAGCAAGGACGGGGCGCCGGGCUGCACAUCAAUAUCCAGGAUGCGCCCGGGGACACGCCCCUCACUACGCGUCCCGACUGCGAGGGAGCAGGCAGCGCCCCUUGA